AUGUUCGCACCCAGAGGUCGUAUGCUCAAUUGCCUUCUGGUUUUUGGUUCACUAGGAGCUGUUGUGAACUUUCCAGAGGGAUAUUCGAAUUCGUAUCCAAACACAUCAUACAAAUCCUUCCAAGCGAUGAUCAACGACUCCUACAUCAAGCGCGGAGAUGAGGAUGGUAUCGCUCCUUCGCUAUACAUAUGGAUAUGGUCGGCGGUACUGAAUGUGUGGUUCAUCGGCUACUUGCUGGGAACAUUUGUCACACCCUACUUCACGGAAAACUACGGAAGAAAAAAAACCCUGUUUGGAGCCAAUAUCGUGGCCCUCCUGGGCUCAGCAAUGGCCUUCUUCAGCACUGUGUUCUCAGUGCCGGAGCUAUUCUUUGCAUCCAGACUGAUCGCGUCUUUCAGCUCUGGUGUGUCCUUCGGUGCCUUGAUACUCUUCCUACAGGAAGCCACGCCCACAGAAUAUCGUGGUAUGACGUCAUUCCUUUCGGAAAACACGUUCAUAGCUACGACAGUGAUGGGCAUCGGAUUUGGAAUGGACGCCGUUUUCGGGAACAACCUACCGGUACUCACAGGUAUCGCGCUGAUACCUGCUGUAGCCUCAAUUCUUCUCAUCAUCCAGCUUCAAGAAACUCCAAAAUUCCUUCUCCUGAAUCGAAAAGAUAGGAACGCGGCGAUGGAGUCGCUGAAAUUCUACCGAGGAGACUCACCUGACUUGGACGCUAUUCUGGACGAAAUGCUGCUGGAAAUCGAUGACAAGGCCAGCUCGAAGCCAUCAUUACUUUCCUCAGCUAUCACCGUCCUACGAGAACCACAUCUACGAACGCCGUUCUUCAUCGGUUGUCUAUGCCUCCAAGUCGUGAUCGGUAUUUGGUCGAUAAUCUAUCUCUCUACUGACAUGCUGAUGGUGCACUUCUCGACCGAAAUCGCACAACUUGCCUCACUUCUAUUCAUUGUAUCCAAUUUUGUCGCCGGCAUGGGUGGAAUGUUUAUUAUUGAAAGAUUCGGUAGACGUACUUUAGUACUUUGGCUAGGAAUGCUCAACACGAUCUCGUUAGCUUUAUACGUGUUAUUUGAUCAGUUGGCAGUUGUGUAUAAUCCACUCAGAUGGGGCACUAUCGUUGCCCUGAUACUAUUCGGGAUUACCUAUGGCGUUGGUCUCGGUCCCAUAGCUUUCUUCAUCACAUCGGAACUAGUCAGUCAACAACAUCGCUCAGUUGUGCAGUCAAUGGUAUUUGCUGUGAACACCGUUGCCAACUUCGCUUUUACCUUCGCCACUCUUCCAGCGUUCACAGCAAUCAAGGUAUUCAAUCACUUAUGUUAUUGA